AUGUUGUCACCGGUCCGGUUCGGGGCUCCGGUCGCGCGGUCGGUCCCCUGGACGCUAACGCUGUUAGCUGUUAGCCGGAAGCUAACUUCGGCCCCCGAGCCGGCGGACAGACCCGGAGUCGGUGACCCGGGUCAGAGCGGCUCGGUGCGGCGGAGCGUGGUGAGCACGAGCCGGGGGCCUGUCCAAAAACAGCUGACGGCGUGUCGUCACUCCGUUAGCUCCGUUAGCUCGGUUAGCUUGGUUAGCUCGGUUAGCUCAGCGGCUCUCCUACGAUCUGGACCGGCUCCGUUACGGGUAUGUAGCACCGGCUCUGCGAUUCCGGGUCGGUGGUCUCAGUCGGUGGUGGUGUCUCAGCGUGUCUGUCGGUCCUUCGGGUCUGAACAGCUGCUGCCAGGCGGACACCGGACACCGGUCUGCGCGCAGGCGCAUUCAGUAGCAGGAACCGGACCCCUUACACAUCAGCUGAUGGAUCAGGCUCACAGAGAGUCCACUUACACCCACAGAGUCCUCCGAGAGUCCAGGAAAGUUCAAGAGAGUCCAGGAAAGUCUCCCAUCAGGAGAGUUCUCGCACAGCUGAAGCGCUGCCACAAGUCGAGUCGGCUGCGUGAAGUGGAGAACGGAGUGUCUGAAAACGCCAUGGCAACACAACGCCAAACAGAAAAUGCAGCUUUGGCCCUCCAUGUCUCUCCCUGUGUCCCUCUUUGUCUCUGCAGCUCAAACAUCCUGUUGGACUGUCACCUAGUGGCGAAGCUGGCAGACUUCGGUCUGGCUCGGUUUGCGUGUCGGGCCCCGUCGGGGCGCUCGGCGGCUCAGACGGUGUCCGUCGGGAAAACGGCGACGGUCAGAGGAACGCUGGCGUACCUGCCAGACGAGUACGUGAGGAAUGGAGAGCUGGGGACCGCCGUGGACGUGUUCAGCUUCGGAGUGGUCCUGCUGGAGGUCCUGACAGGGCGGCGAGCUCUGGAGAAAGACAGGAAGUCAGGAGACAGAUACCUGAAGGACUUGGUGGAGGAGGUGGAGGACGGUCCAGGGGGGUCGUGUGCAGCAGUCUGGAGGAAACAUGUGGACCAGCGGCUGAUCUCAGGGGGCGCUGUGGAGCCGGCGGGCUGUUUGGAGGCGGUUGCUCUGGCGUGCAGGUGUCUGGACAGGAAGAGGAAGAAGAGACCGUCCAUGACGGAGGUGUUUGACAAACUUCAGGACAUCCACAUCAUCGUGAGGAGGACCUCCUCCUCCUCCUCACCCCUCCAUCAUCUUCAGCCCCCCUCCCUGUCCCUCCCCCGCCCCCCCCCACCUUUGGACUCCACUGUAGGAGCUCUUUCUGACCAGCUGUCCAAACUGGGACCACUGGAGGACACCUACCAGCCCUCCCCGUCCUCCCAGCUCUCCUCAUUGUGCUCCUUCACCCCUCCUCAUCCGCUGCACUCCUGCGCCUCCCUCCCCUCCUCCUCCUCCUCCUCGUUGGCUGGUCCGUGUGAAACAGAUGAGAGUCGAGGCUUCUCCCAGUACGACCUGCGCUCCCAGUGCAGGUUUAAUGGGACCAGCUCCAGGUGUCUGUCUCCGUCCAGCAGAGACCACAGUGCAGCUGUCCCCCCAGAGUGCCAGCUCAGCCAGCCCUCUGUCCCCACUGAGGACCAGUACAGCUUCUCUCUGCAGCCCAGCACUCCCAGUGAGCUGACAGGGGGCCCCUCUCCUGGGGGGUCCCUGCAGGCGGCGUCUCCGGGGCCCUCAGUCCACAUGAAUCCCAGUAAGCUGCGAUUCCUGCAGAAGAAACGUCUGUACGAGGACGGACAGAUUCAAACCCCCGAGCUGCUGUCGUCCGACGACCUCUACGGCGGGAGGAGUUCUGUCAGAGGACCCGAGGAGAGCGACGAGCUCGAUUAUCUUCAUCAUUACUGACACAAACUGAUCCAAAGUCAGACUUCAUCUUCCGGCAUGUCUCAUGGACUGCUGGACUCUGUCCUGGACCUCCCACAGAGAGACAUCGAGUCUCCACGUCACCCUUCACUUAUUCAGUUUCUACAAAUCAAUAAUCUCACAAAGCCAAAGCCGCACAUGAUGGUACGACUUCACCACCACCACCACCAUCAUCAUCAUCAUCACUAUCACUGCAGUUACAUCAUGUGAUCUGAGACGUGAUGUGAGACAUGAUGGACUGAACACGUGUGUUUACAGAAACUUUUCUUUCUCAUAAAACGCUGAAGUACAAACACACAGUAUUUGUGACUGAUUUAUUUUAAUGCUCUCUAAUGUAAUUAUUUUACAUUUUUAUAUAUUUUUUAGAUUUUACACCAUCUGACAACAACACACACACACACACACACGUAUAUAUACAUCAUGUUAAAAUGAUGGAGCUGAUGUUUCACUGCUGGUGGGUGUGACUAAACUGAGAUGUUUUUUCCUA